CUUUAAGCUGGUUAGCAUCAGCCUGACCACCACCCCACCAUCAUCUGCUCACCACCCAAUUAAGCCUAAAGAAAAGCAUGUCUAAAUACAAAAAUGUCCUCUUACCCUAUUCCAUUGAUAUUAUCAUUCCAGGCCUUGUAGUUUUGGAAUGGCAAAUUUGGCUUUUUGUCAGGUUACCCACCAAGAAAAUGAAUAGCAAUUUGCCGUUUGUGUUCCCCCCAAGAAAGAAUCAUUGUUCUGAUUGAAUUUUUUAACUUGAAAUGAUACAUUUUCUCUGUAGGAACUAUACAUGGAAAUUGAUACCGAAGGGUAUGAGAAAAUCAAGAACAGAGCCUUUUCAACCUGACCUGCCAUCCAACCUCCCAAAAGGGCCAAUUUAGUCAAUCUGUCAUCAACCAAGAAAAAAAAAACAAUUACUGGUGGGAAAAAGGAAAAGGAAAAAGAAAAAGAAAAGAAAAGAAAAGCUGAGGAUCAUAGAGAGCCAUGAAGAUUGCACCAACAAACAGCAAGACCAAUAGACACAAACAACAGCAGCAACAACAACAAGGAGUUCCCGUACAAAUGGAAUCAUCGGUUUCCUUGUUAACAACUAUAACCACUCACACCCCAUUCUCCCUUUGCUUUUCCCUAUGCCACCACCACUACCAUCUUCUCUCCCUCUUUAUUUAUAUUUCUCUCUUCUUCUUUGCUUAUUCCCUCUUAGCUGUCUUCUUCUUUUCCCAUUGUAUCUUGUCAAUUUUUGUUUCGUCCUCCACCUCCCCAGAUCGGUUUCUCCACCACUCACUUCGGUUCCAGGAACAUGUUUGGAGGCCAUAACAACAAUCCGGUAUUGCCUGUUUUCCUUGAGGAAAAUCGGUUCCACUACGAAAAUAAUGCAUUGCCUCGGCUACAGUUAUUUGGAGAUUGCCCCUUCAACAACAUGGGAAAUGAGAAUACGACUUCUGUGAAUCGGCCAAUUAAAAGGGGUAGGGAGGCAGAACCGACUCUCACACAACAAAGGCAUCACAUAUCUGUGAAUAAUAACCUAUGUCUCGAUGAAGCUGGUCAACCUGGUAGUGUUCUGAAUCCGAACCCUGUGUCGACUGGAUUAAGACUUUCAUAUGAAGAAGAUGAACGCAACUCUUCUGUUACCUCUGUAAGUGGAAACAUGACGACUUCCCUCCCUGUUAUGCUGUCUCUGGGUGAUAAUCUAAAGGUGGAAAUUGAUAGGCAGAAAGAAGAAUUUGAUUACUAUGUCAGACUUCAGGCAGAAAACAUCUUAAAAGGUGUAAGAGAGUUGAAGCAAAGACAGACAAUUUCUUUUCUAAAUGCUAUAGAAAAGGGAGUAGGCAGAAAAUUGCAGGAAAAGGAGCUUGAAAUAGAGAACAUGAAUCGCAAAAACAAGGAACUAGUUGAGAAAAUAAAACAAGUCAGCAUGGAAGUUCAAUCCUGGCACUAUAGAGCUAAGUACAAUGAGUCUAUUGUAAAUGCUCUGAAGAGCAACUUGAAGCAGGUAAUGGAACAAGGAGCCAUGCACAGUAAGGAAGGCUGCGGGGAAAGCGAGGUUGAUGAUGCAGCCUCAUACACAAACCAGAACCAUCUGGAUGUCGUGGAUGGUUCUGGAAAUUCAUUCUCCUUGAAGAAACAGAUUAAUUGCAGAGCUUGCAAAAUUAUGGAAGUUUCUAUCUUGUUAUUGCCAUGUAGACACUUGUGUUUGUGUAAAGAUUGUGAAGGCUUUAUUGAUGUAUGCCCUGUCUGCCAGGUAAUGAAGACUGCAAGUGUUCAAAUAUACAUGUCUUGAGAGUGUAAUGGUGUAUGUAAGGGGCAUGUAACUAAGCACUUGCACUUUUCAUUACCUCAAAAUCGAGGAAAUUUGUUCCACUGGAUCAAUGAAUUGUUCCCAGAGAAAUUGCUGAACUUGAAUGAAUGGAGUUGCAGUGAUCUUUCC